UGCAUUUGGGAUCUUGAAAAUUCGGACCAAACUUACGAGGUUAACAAAUCAACCAUUUUCUCCGUUGUCCCAUUUUUCUUAUCACAUCAUAUGGCUCAUUUGCCUAAAGAUGCCUCAAUUUUCUUGCUUGCGGUGCUGAUCUCCUCUCUUCAUAUUGAGGCCAGAAUAGGCAUUUUUUUGGAUUAUCCGCCUGAGCCUGAACCUCAAGGUCCAAUUCUUGCACCUUUAGCAUCGCCGGCAUUUGAACCGGUACCCGGUGACGGUGGAAUAAGUUUUCCUCCGGAAUUUGCACCGGCUCCAGCUGAAAAUGGAAUGAGCUUUCCACCGGAACUUGCACCGGCCCCCCUUGAGAGUGAUGAUCAUCCCUAUCAUGAUUCCUCUGAAUUUUCUCUAAAAGAAACGUCAAAAGCUACAAGUACAACCACCCGCGCCGCCACAACCAACGGCGAUGAUGAAGAUGAAUUUCUUGAUGAAGAUAUCGCUAAUGAAGAGCUGGCUGAAAAUUACAAUGCCGGCAAUCAGUACACAAACAACAACAACUACUACAACAACAAUCGUUACUCCAACGCGAAUUAUUACAACAAUGGUUACGCGAGCAAUUACCAGCGAAAUGAGAUGAGUGACACAAGAUUUUUGGACAAUGGCAAGAACUACUAUAAUGUAAACAGCGAGAAUCCUCAACAAGACGACGAAAUCAAUGGGUAUGAAUCGGUGAAGGAACAUAGCUAUGCCGAUGAAGAUUCGUCCUUUGGUUAUGGCAAAAAGCCGACAUAUGAGUUUGAUACCAUGGAAGAAUAUGAGAGGCUGCAAGGGUAUCCUGAUCCAAGCAAGUUUUACAAUCCAUAAAUUACAUGUUUAUCAUAGACGUGUGUUGUUCCAUUUGUGUUUGCACAACUUUUUUUCUUUUUGUUCCCUCUUUUGCUAAGUAAACCAGUGGAACAACUUUAUAUUGUACCUUUUGAGACAGAGUAUAUUCCGAUUUUUAUAAGCUAAAUUCCACUACUAUUCAUCAGAAACUAGAUACUGGAUAUGAGGG